GUAUGACGCCAGCGUUACGUCAUGACGUUGUUGCUGGCGGAAUUUUUGUUUUGGGAGUUUUGUUUAGUGCCAAACUUGGGUCUGUUGAAGUCGCUUAAAAGAAACACGAUAUAUGAGCCCAGCACCAUCAAAGCAAACCGAAAUGGAGCAGUCCUCUCCGUCUUCAGAUGACGCAGGAUGUAUGGCUGCAAAAGCAGUGUUGUUAGAGGACUGUGAGCAGCAGUUUGGACUGCUACAGAAGCUUCAAAAUGAGAUCAUUUUGGCUGACACAGAGGCGGAUGAUGAGGCAGUGAAUCGCCUGAUUGCAAUCACAUCUGAGCUUGAGCAGUGGCAGGAAAUGGAACCAAAAUUGCUGACAACAAAUCCUGAAGUCUUAGUAGCUGUUGGAAAAGAAGAGUUGCAAAGACUCAACUGUCAGCUUAAAAUGGUCCUGUCAUACUCACAAGCAAAGUUGGAUGCCCAGAAAAAGAUUUUGAAAAGGGAGCAGACAUGGCAAGCUGAGAAGAAAGAAGCAUUGAAUGCAGUGUCUGAGAAAAUCACCAGAUUACGACAUGAAAAUGAGAAAUCAGAGCACAGUAUUUUGCAGGAUAUGAAGAGAAAAAUUAACAAUCUAAAGGACUAUCAUAGCAGUCUGAUGGAAAUGCUGAGCGACAUGUUAGCUGAGCACUUCCCACUUCCUGAUCCCCUAGGAAACGGCACAAAGAAAAAAAGAGCUGCUGCAUAUGAUGCAGAGAUUAACCUGAUUUCACUGAGCGAGAUUAUCGAGAGAUUGACCAAUAAAACAUUAGAAACUCCACAUGACCCUUAUGUGACUACUGAUGACACUUUCUGGCCCCCGUACACAGAGAUGCUUCUUCGCAAUGCCAUUGCAAUACGACAUCCAGAAGAUUGCAAUAAAAUCCGUCUGGAAAUGUUUUUUUAAA